AUGCCGUCACUUCUCUCGCACAUUGCGCCGCCUUGCUGCUCGCCUGCGUGCCGCUUUGACUCGCCCCUCGCCUCGCCGCUCUUCCUCCCCCACUCUACCCCCCCGACAUCGCCUCAUCGCCUCGCUCCGCAUCGCCGCCCAACCCCAGCGCCGCCUCCCACGGCGCGCCAUCGCCUUCGUCUCUCGCUUUCCUUCCCAUCCGCCUCUCCGCCCAUGCUGCAGCGCCACCCUUUCCCCGCCUCCACCCCCACCCAGUGUCCCUCGUUCCGCCCUUCCGCCGCAUCGUCACGCAUCCGUCGCCUUUCCCCCGCACGGCGGCGCGGAGCGGGAGCGGCGGUAGCGCAGGCAGCGGCGGGCGACGGGGCGGGCGACGUGCAGACAUUCAUCCUCACGGCGGGCGCGCUCGCUGCCGCCGCCGUCUCCCUGCGACUUGCGCUCAAGGUGCCGCUCUCCGCGCACCCACUCCGCGCACCCACUCCGCGCACCCACUCUGCGCACCCACUCCGCCACCCCUUCUCUCCCCGCUGCUCGUCCUCCGGACGCCCCCCCCUUCCAAUGCCCUCCCCUACUCACGCCUACGUUUCUUCUCUGGCUUCCGUGCUCGCUGCACACAUGCUCGCUGCACACAUGCUCGCUGCACACAUGCUCGCUGCACACAUGCUCGCUGCACACAUGCUCGCUGCACACAUGCUCGCUGCACACGUGCUCGCUGCACACAUGCUCGCUGCACACAUGCUCGCUGCACACAUGCUCGCUGCACACAUGCUCGCCACGCCUCACACGCUCGCCCGGGGUCACUCACUAUGCGCCUCCUAUCUGCCUGCUCCUCUCUCCUGUGCCCCGCAUUCUCUCCUCUCCUGCGCCCCGCAUGCUGUCCUGUGCCCGUGCCCCGCCGUUCCGCAUGCAAUGCUGGCAGGGCGACCCGGUGCCGUGUGCCAAGUGCGGGGGAAAUGGUUGCUCCCUGCACUUUCCCAUAUGUUUCCGUCCCCUUUCCUCCUCGUCACCCCCGUUCUCUGUCCCUCCUCUGUGCGUGUGGCGGGGCUGGCAGGAGGCACGGCGUGUGUGUUUUGCGAGGGGGGCAAGAUGGCCGGCAAGGAUGGGCGUCUCAUGGACUGCCGCGUGUGCAAGGGGGCAGGUGAGGGCGCAUGGGGGCAGGUGAGGGCGUAUGGGGGCAGGUGA